AUGAAAAAAAUUAUAAAUUUUUAUAUUUAUAUUAUUAUAUUGUAUUAUUUUAAUAGUCUUAUUAUUGCAUCUCAAAAUGAAGAACCAAUUGGAGGAAAUGUAUGUUCUUUUGAGGAAGAAGUACUAGUUUCUGAAAUAAGUAAAAUAAAUGAAGUAUCAACAAUUACUGAAUAUGAAUGGUGUCCUGAUUUUACAAAAGGAUUUAAUUGUCCUGUUAUUAGAGAAAUUAUAAAACCAAAAUAUGUAUCAAAAAGUGUUCCAAAAAAGCAAAUUGUUUUACGGUGUUGUAAAGGAUAUUAUCAGGAUGAGGAUAAUACAUGUAAACCAUUAUGUUCACCUUCUUGUAAAAAAGGUGAAUGUGUUGAUAAAAAUACAUGUAAUUGUGAUGCUGGUUAUUAUGGACCACUUUGUGGUCAUACAUGUGAUAAAUUUUUACAUGGAAAAAAUUGUAAAAAAAAAUGUGAUUGUAGGAAUGAUGCUGAUGGAUGUAAUAGUGAAACAGGUGAAUGUCUUUGUAGUGAAGGAUAUACUGGAAAACAUUGUGAAGAAGAAUGUAAUGAAGGAUAUUAUGGUAAAAAUUGUAAAAAUAAAUGUUUAUGUAAAAAUGGUGGUAAAUGUAAUAAAAAAACUGGAGAAUGUAUAUGUGAACCUGGAUAUAAAGGAAAAUAUUGUAAUGAAAUGUGUGAAGAUGGUACUCAUGGUUUAAAUUGUAACUUUACCUGCCAUUGUGUAAAUGGAAAAUGUGAUAAAAAAAAUGGAAGUUGUCAUUGUAAACCUGGUUUUAAAGGAAUUUUUUGUGAUAUUCCAUGUGAAAAAGGAAAAUGGGGAGAAUUUUGUAUAGAAGAUUGCCAUUGUUAUAAUGAAAAUACAUGUAAUUCAGUUACAGGAGAAUGUGAAUGUUAUGGAUUUACGGGUGAAAAAUGUAAAAUACCUUGUUCAUUAGAUAAAUAUUCAUUAGAUUGUUCAAAAAAAUGUGAAUGUGGUAAAGGUUCAAAAUGUGAUAGAUUUAAUGGUACUUGUAUUUGUCUUGAUGGUUUUUCAGGAGAAAAUUGUGAUAAAAGAAUUUGUCCAGAUGAUAGAUUUGGAUAUUUUUGUGAACAAAAAUGUGUUUGUAAUUUUAAUAAUACUAAAUUUUGUUCUCCAAUUGAUGGAAAAUGUCAAUGUAAACCUGGUUUUACAGGAACUGCUUGUAAUUCAAUUUGUCCAUUAGGUAAAUAUGGUGAAGAUUGUAAAUUUGAUUGUUCAUGUGCAUUAACACCAGGAACAAGUUGUGAUCCAGUUACAGGAAAAUGUUAUUGUGGUAGUGGUUAUACAUCUGAAGAUUGUUCAAAAUCUUGUGAUGAUGGUUUUUUUGGAUUUAAUUGUCUUUCAAAAUGUAAUUGUAAAAAUGGUGGAAAAUGUCAUAAUCAGUAUGGUGUUUGUAUGUGUCCAGAAGGUUUUCAAUCACCAAGUUGUUCAAUGCCAUGCCCUGCAAAUCAUUAUGGUAUAAAUUGUAAAAAAUGUGAUUGUCCAAAUGGAUGUAAUCCAAUUACUGGAGAAUGUAUCUGUGAACCAGGAAAAAGUAAAUUAAAUAAAUGUAAUGAUGAAUGUCAAGGAGGAUGGUAUUCAAAUAAUUGUGAAAAAAAAUGUUCAUGUUCUGAACAUGCAAUAGGUUGUGAUUUUAAAUCAGGAGAAUGUUUAUGUUCUGAUAAUUGGUAUGGAACACAUUGUAAUAGUAAAUGUCAUGAAGAUAAAUGGGGAAAAAAUUGUGAAAAUGAGUGUAAAUGUGGAAAAAAUGGAAGUUGUGAUAAUGAAACAGGAAAAUGUUUAUGUAAAAUAGGUUUUACUGGAGAUAAUUGUACAGUAUGCAAUAAAGGGUUUUAUGGAAAAGAUUGUAGAGAAACAUGUAAUUAUUGUAAAGAUGGUGAUUGUGAUAAUAUUAAUGGUGUAUGUAAUACUUGUCCACCAGGAAAAAGUGGUCUUUUUUGUUCAGAAAAUUGUCCUUUAAAUACUUAUGGUGAAGGAUGUAAAAAUAAAUGUUUAUGUGGAGAAAAUAAUUUCUGUGAUAGUGUUACAGGUGAAUGUCAAUGUGCUUCAGGAUAUUAUGGUGAAACAUGUCAAAAUAAAUGUAGUGAAAAUUUUUGGGGUGUAAAUUGUACACAAUCAUGUAGAAUAUGUGAAAAUGGUGGUGUAUGUUCACAUAUAGAUGGUUCAUGUAUCUGUAAAGAUGGAUUCUAUGGACCUAAAUGUGAAAGACAUUGUCCUCAAGGAAAAUGGGGUCCACAAUGUAAAAAUGAUUGUCUUUGUGCAUCAGAUAGAAAAUAUUGUUUACCAGAAACAGGAGAAUGUCAAUGUAUUAGUGGAUUACAGGGAGAUAAAUGUGAUAGAUAUUGUGAACCAGGUAAAUGGGGACCAGAUUGUAUUUAUGAUUGUCGUUGUAAAACUUCUACAUCAACAUGUGAUAUGACAAAUGGUAAAUGUUUAUGUAAAAGUGGUUUUAAGGGAGAAAAAUGUGAUGAUAUUUGUGAUGAAGGAACAUAUGGUAUUAAUUGUACUAAUACUUGUGGAACAUGUGGAGAUUCUAUGAUAUGUGAUCCAUCUAUUGGUUGUUGUUAUGAAGAUGACUAUCAAUGUGGUGUUUCAAAAAGAGAAGCACUUAUUGUUGAAAAAGCAAAAAGAGGCAAAUUUCUUGGUUUUGGUUUAUUAAUUUUAGUAGCUGUAACAGGUUUAUUGAUAAUAUUGGUAAUGUAUUAUCGCAAAAAAUAUCACAAAGAAAAAGAUCCUUUACCAACAAUAUUUUAUCAUUCUGAUGUAGAAAAGAAUGAUGAACCUGAUGAAAAUUUAAAUAUGGAAUUUCAAAAUCCUUUAUAUUCACAUGAAAAUUAUAUUGAAAGAGCUUUAAGUAAUAAUAGUAGAAUAAAUACAAAAUUACCAGAAGAUAAUGAAGAUAAAAAUCAAUAUGAAUCAAUUGAUGAAAUGAAUGGAAAUAGAAGAAGUACUAAAAGUAACAAUAGUGGUAAUAAAACAAAUAAUAAUUUGUAUAGCAAUGGAUAUGAAACUCCAACUAUGUCAAAUGAAAAUAUUAAAAAAUAA